AGACUACACACUCAACAGUCAGAAUGUCGUCAACACCGGCAGCCAAGAGCGACGACGACCUGUACCGAGAAGGCUCGCAGUACCGGAUCUGGUCGUUUAGCCAGAGCGAGCUGGAGGAGGUGCGACGGUCGGUGAACCGGAUCGCGAGCGAGCACCUUGCGCAUGAGCACCAGAUGGCUAGAAGCGCAGAGAGAGGAGGGGAGGAGGAGGGAGUGAAGAUUGAGUAUUUGACGGAGGGGGAGGAGUAUGAGAUGUUGUUGCAUUAUUGCGUGAAGGUGCAGGAUGCUGCUGCGGUGUAUAAGUUGCCGUCACAUAUCAAGGCAACUGCUAUUCAGUAUCUGAAACGGUUUUAUCUCAAAUACAGUCUGAUGGAAUUCCAUCCGAGAAAUAUAAUGUACACAUGCCUCUUCCUGGCCACCAAAUCCGAAAACCACUUCAUCUCAAUCGACAACUUCGUCCAGCCCCUGCAACGAGUCUCCAAACAAUCCAUCAUCGACCUCGAAUUCAUCGUCGCGCAAACCCUCUCCUUCACCCUCCUCGUCCACCACGCAUUCAACCCGAUCCACGGCUACUUCCUCGACCUGCAAUCCGUCUUCGCCGACCGCAUGGACGAGAUCCGGUCCGCGCACGACCGCGCGAGGAGGUACGCGAACGACAGUCUAUUCUCCGACGCGGCGUUCCUGUUCACGCCGCCGCAGAUCGCGCUGGCCGCGCUGAUGAUGGCGAAUGAAGGGCUGAUGGACGCGUACAUGGACGUCAAGUUUGGGCAGAACGCGGUCUUGCUGCGGCAGCUCAAGACUACGACGGAGAGGAUAAAGAGCUAUAUUGUCGAGGGGGGGAAGCCGAAGAUUGGCAGCGAGCGCGCGCUCGCGUUGGAGAGGAAGCUGUAUGUAUGCCGGAACCCGGAGAAGGCGAGAAAGCGGUUUGGAAAUGGCUCCAGCAGCGAGAGCUUGAAUGACAGUGCAGAACCUGCGGCGAAGAGAGUCAAGAUUGAGCAGGAGGAUACAGUGAUGACCUAGUGUAUAGAUCAAGUGUAUAGAUAUCAGGAAUUGUAUGAUAACUAACUGAAUUAAAAACAUUAAUAACAACUUACAUAAUACAAC